AGCGUCAUCUUAAAAAAACCCCUUUGAAUAUAAGUGGUUCCCCAAUUGCAAAUUCUGCAAGACACACCGUCUCCCACGGAGAUGAGAUACAACUGAUCACCUGGACAGGCAGCAGCUCCAGUUGAACUUCUAGCACUACGAUUAAGAUCCACACGACAUCUCCAACUUCUCAGCUACCUCCCUGGGAAACUAACAUUUCCCCUUUCCACAGUGAGAUCAGCACUGGGAAAGACAAAAAAACCUACCUAAGCAACAUCCCGAUGGGAAUAACCGUCCAAAACAUCACAGGAAACACGGCAAUGGUAAUUUGGCCAAAAAUGGCCAGUUGUGCUGACAGCUUUUACAGCGUCAUGUACCACCCUAACUGGAACAGCAUGCUCUCGAGUUACUCAAGAAAGAGCUUUCAGAAGGAAGAGAGAGUCCCCCCCAGCCGCUCCUCCUUUGUUGUUGAAAACCUGACUCCGCUGACAACAUACAUCGUGUGCGUGACCUGCCAGUCCGCAAACCCCUCCAGUGACCAGUGCAGAGUUUUUAACACACUGGAACGAGAUCCAGCAUCCACAAGCAACACCAAGAAAGAGCUGGCGCUGGGCAUCUGGCUCACCAGCAGCGUCCUGCUCCUCAUCAUCGCCGCAAUCCUCCUCUAUGGCUGCCUGUUCCUCCUGUGCCGCCAGAGACGUGAGCGUUUGCAAGGGCGAAAUGGGACCUCUGAACAAGACCACGGGAAGGCGUGGACCAAAAACACGGCGUACACCUCAGAGGAGCCCGGCAGGCAGAGCCAACUGAUGCAGGACACCGAGGAAAAGCAUCCGGAUGACAUUCAGUUGGCCACAAUCAUUGAGAAUUCCUCAGCGUGCAAGGAGCCCGUCAUGCCGACUUCCAACAGCCAGGAACGAGUGCCAACGACUGGAAAGUGCUCUGCUAUAAAUUAG